UGCAUUGUCUCGAGCGUUCCUAAAUCAUGAUCAUCGGAACCGGCACAAUCACAAUGAGUAGGCUGCAUAUUUGGCUUCAUCUGACUUUUUAUGUGCUGUGCCGAGCCAUUCACCCAGACUGUACCAUCAUCUCACAGCACAUGAAAGCUCAGGAGGUGUGCAUGCAAACCCGCAGGAGGGAAUCCCACAACCACACUGGGCGGACAGGUUGUCGGACAGAAUGGGAUGAGAUACGCUGCUGGCACAGGGCGGAUGUUGGACAAGUGGUCAAUGUUUCCUGCUCUGAGGUCUUUCAGCACUUCACCAGCAACCAAGGGUAUAUCUUCAGGAAUUGCACAAAAAACGGGUGGACAGAGCUCCAGCCAACUUAUCAAGAGGCCUGUGACAUCAGAGAGGACAUGGAACCAGAAUCACAGACAACAUACUUCUCAACUUUCAGACAGGUCUACACAGCUGGUUAUGCCACAUCACUGAUCUCUUUGAUCACUGCAAUAUUUAUAUUUACUGUUUUCAGGAAGUUUCACUGUACCAGGAACUACAUUCACAUCAAUUUGUUUGCCUCCUUCAUCCUGCGAGCCAGUGCUGUAUUUAUCAAGGACGGAGUGCUGUUUGCGGAUGAGACCCUGGACCACUGCUUCAUGUCCACAUCUUCGUGUAAGUGCGCUGUGGCAUUCUUCCAGUUCAGCAUACUGGCCAAUUAUUUUUGGUUGCUGGUGGAAGGGAUGUACCUGCAGACUCUGCUGGCCCUUACCUUCAUCUCACAAAAGAAGUACUUCUGGUGGUACAUCUUGAUUGGAUGGGGUGUCCCAUCAGCAGUACUCACUGUGUGGGUACUAACUCGGAGUUUUUAUGACAACAGAGUGUGUUGGGAUGAUACUGAUAAUGUGAUCAUCUGGUGGAUCAUCAAGGGUCCAAUAACAGCAUCAGUACUUUUGAACUUCAUCAUCUUCAUCAACAUAAUCCGAAUCCUGGUGCAGAAGCUGAGGUCCCCCGCAGUGGGUGGGAGCGACACAAGCAAUUUCAUGAGGCUGGCAAAGUCCACUUUGUUCCUCAUACCACUUUUCGGUAUGCACUACAUAGUGUUCGCAUUCCUUCCUGAGAGCAUGGGUGAGGCUGCCAGGCUGUACAUCGAGCUGGGCCUUGGCUCCUUCCAGGGCUUUGUGGUGGCUCUGCUGUACUGCUUCCUGAAUGGAGAGGUCCAGGCAGAGAUGAGGCGAAGGCUGGUGGAGUGGCAGACACAAGGCCGUCUGAGUCUAGUGAAGAGGCGCAAGCCCGUGUUCACGGAAAACACCAUCAUUUCACAGGUUACAGUCCUGGACAGGCUGUCCCCAAAAGGGCCCCCUGUCUCAAAGGACCCCAGUGCCAUCUCUACUGUCUGAGAUAUGGCCAGUAUCACUAAGAGCUAUGAGAACAUUCUCAGAAGGACAAUCUACACAGCUACCAGGGUGUGGUAAUCCAAUGCAGUCUAAAACAUUCAGGAGCCAUAAUUCCACAGUUCAGAGUCAUACAGCGCAAGAAUUCAUGUUUGUAAAUG